AUGAUCUUUCUGGGACCAGUGGAACUCUCGAAACUGGGGAGAACUCUCACUCAUGAGCAUUUGUCCCUGGAUUUUCACCAGUUUUAUGUGCCUCCACCGGAACCCCUCGUCAAUUACUUGAAUAAAAAAAUUCUUCUGAACAAUGUGGGGUACAUAAAACAAUACCCAUAUAGCAGUCGUUAUAAUCUCAGUUUCUACGAUGAAGAUGCUACCAGAGCUGUCAUGGAGGACGUGAAAAUUUAUAAAAAACAUGGAGGGGGUACAAUUGUUGAUAACACUUGCAGUGGUAUCAACAGAGAUCUCUCGUUCAUGAAGAAAAUUAGUGCGGACUCUGGGGUGCAUGUGAUCCUCGGAUGUGGGUAUUACGUGGAGGCGACACAGACUCCGAGUACUUUGAAAUUGACUGAAGAGCAGAUGCACGAUGUCAUGUUGACAGAAUUGACAGAAGGUUGUAUUGAAGAUGCCAGUUUGAAGGCUGGAUUCAUCGGAGAAGUUGGAAGUUCAUGGCCGAUGACUGGAUUGGUGUUGCAGAUACAAUUCGGAGGUCACGGCUACUCUCACAUCCUGACGAACGUAAUCCCCAGGAUGUUCUCCAAGGGCUUCACCAAUCAGGACAUCGAUGCUAUCACCCUGGAGAACCCCAGGACGUGGCUCACAUGGAAAAAUCCCCAGUGAGUCAAUUUUUAGAACAGAUGAAUUCUGUUACAAAAUUGUAAACUGCAUUUUAUGUUCACGCUCAGUUUUCUGAAGAUAUCUCAGAAUUGAAGGAAGAUAUCGAUAUUUUCAUAGAUACCUUUUUUGUAGCUAUCAUGAUUUCUUAUAAAAAAGGUUGAUAUGAAAAAAUCGAUAUAUCCCUUCGGUUCCGAGAAAUCGGAUAAAAACUGGUCUUGAAAUACUUAUCCUUUAGCUGCUGAAUUCGUUAGUGAAUUUAAAAUGGAUUCUCCGUUUUUCAAAAAGAUCGAAGAAAUCCUUGUAGUUAAUUCUUAAUAAAUGAAUUGUAACAUCGCUUU